AUGGUACCUUCCGUGGCGCUGCUCAGUCUCCUCGGAGCCGCAGCUCUGGCAGGUGAGUGAGGGCGCGGGGGGCCGCGCGGGUUGGGUCAGCACCACGGAGAGCGGCGCGGGGUCCGAUCAGCACUGUGGACAGCGGCGCGGCUCGGAUCAGCACCACGGAGAGCGGCGCGGGCGCGGCAGACCGCAGGGAACAGUGGAGGGGAAGGCGGGACAGGGAUGCGGAGCCCGCGGUGCUUUCCUAACCCUCUCCCACCUACGGCUGAGUCAAUGCACCAUAGCCAAGAACCGGGUGACAGGCACUUCGCCUGGGCACGGGAAAGCCCUCUCUUAGUCUGCCAAGGGAUCCAUCUCCUGUAUCUCGUCAGGCUUCCAUUCAUCCAUCCGCAUACCCACCCCAAUUCAGUUACGCACCUAAAAGAGAGGAACCGUGGCUUGAACGCAGAUAGGCUUGAACGCAGAUAGGGAGUAUUCAUUCAACAGCUUCCAGCUCCAGUUAUGCUCACUUCAGCGCCCUAGAGGGAGAGCCAGUCUGCACUAGCUUCUCUUCAAAGGCAACAGCAUCUCAUACGAUGGGAGACCAAGCCAAAAGAUGGGCUCCUUGCCCAUGUCAGAAGUGCAUUGGGUUUCAAGUGUGCAUAACCUGAAUCAGGGUCCCCAUGACAGCAAGAGGAGAAAAGAUCAUUAAAAGGGAAAGAUAUAUAAAAUAUACCUUCUCGGUGUGUGUUUUCUUCUCACACACCCAUGUGUGUAAGGGAAGGAGGAGGAAAGGAGUAAUAUAUACAUGCUCAGUAUUUGUGUGUAGUUACUGAGGGCAUGUACCAAAUCCACUGUAGGUGAACAAGCACUCCCACAUGCUGGUUGUUCAUUCAGUUUUUUGCCUGAAUGGAACCAGACAGCUCAAAUUAAGACUGUUAAAAUGCUGAAGACAUGUUUCUAGAAACGGGCAUUUUAUAGGUAUAAAACUGAAAGGUAAAGUGACAGCCAGCACUUUUCACACAUUUGCUAUUAGUCCAUUUUGUAAAAGUAUAUAUGCCACUUGACUGUAAAAAGACAAAGGAAAGAAACCUCGAAGCAGUUGCUUUGGUUUGCAUUUCAAUGUCUGGCAAGAUCAGAAAGCAAGGAUAAUUGAAAAUUCCAUAUCAAUUUUAUCGAUUUUAACAACAUACUGGAUGUUUUAAGAAAUCCUUGCUUUAAAACUUGCCUUAUUAACAUAAGUGCUGUUGGGGUGAACUUGACUUGCCAGUAAAAGAGAACAAUUUCAUUGUGGAAUGAGGCACCCACUGCUGAAGUUUUGUUGUUCUUUCCCUCCACUCUGGCAACUGGAUUGAGGGUGUGUGUUGCCUUUUCCUGAGAUGAGUCACUUACCUGCGAGUGCUUUCCAAGUCUUGGAGCUGUAGGAAGGGUAGGAAAAGCCCAUUAAUUCUCAAAACGUUUAUUUCUGACAAAAGCAAUGUGCUGUGUUAUAUGUGGGCAUGUUGGUCUGUAAUACUGCUCAUGAAGAAAAACCUGAACACUCAACCAGUGGUUUUAAGUGCCAUGGACCAGCUGAUGUAUACUAUUUUAAAAAGUGAUAGCUAUAUAUUAUUGAUUUCUAUAAAAUCAACUGCAAUACCGCACCACCUUGAUGGAUAAUUAAGGCUGCAAUCCUGGGUGGAUAAUUAAGGCUGCAAGUUGCACUGAGACAGUAUAGUGCCGUUGUUAGAGACUAGGAACUGGGAGACCAGGACCACCCAGCAAUUCCUUCCUUUUACAGCACAGAUGGGGAACCAUUUUCAGCUUUUCUGGGCAACCUUCUGAGGAUCACAUGCCUUUAGUGGGCCAAAGGCAAGAAAUGGAAGAGGAAUGAAUGUGAAUUUUACUUUUGUAGAGUAGUCUAGUUUCUACACGCACACUCCCACACCACUUCUACCCUCCUUCCAGGCAAGCAAGAAGCAUUAUCACUGUUCAAGGAAGCAUUCCAGAGAGGCAAAAGCAAGGUCAGUGUGGAGAGGCAGGUAGCCUGGGGAGAAUCUUGAGGUCCAGAUAGAGAGGGCUGCAUUUCAUCCUCAAGACCAAAGGAUCCCCAUCCCUGUUUUACUGUGAAACACAUUUUGAACGCAAAAUAUAUUAAACCAGUUGAAUUAUUCUUGGGGGUGGCAUACAUCCCAUCCAGUGUUCAGUGGUGGGUGAAACAAAACUCAUUGCCAUUUUGUGUAUUGUCAUCAAUGCAUGUAUUAAGCUCUUAAACCCCUUUGGCAGAAAGUUGUCUAAGACCUUAUUGCCCCAGCCAAUCUCAUGGACAGCUGCCCACAUUGUUGGAGAUUGUGCUCUCCAGCAGUGAUCCAUUUGGUGCAAUUCAGCCUGUACUGUAAUGCACAGGUGCUCCUUUUUGUGCAAUAUGGCUCUACAUCCAUCAUGUGGUAUAAUACCUUAUCCCAAAUGGAACUCCUGUAUCUAAUUGAAAUAUUCCUUUGAUGCUGUAACAUUGCAACAGACAACACAAACUAUAUUUAAUGUUGCUUGCUUAAUUUAGUCAGUAUUUAGUCAGUAUUCAUUCAGGGCAGGCAGGUAUUGCCUUUGUUUUGAAAUAAUAAUAAUACAAUGUGGCUUUAUUAUCUCAGUAACACUUUACCCAUUCCCGCUCCCCCCCUUUACUUGUUAAUCUGCUGCUCCUGUCCUCCUAGUGUCUUGAUAUAAAAAUCCAAAAUUCUAAGAGGGCCACAUGUUCACUGCCACUGUUUUCAAGAAAAGGGUCAGUUUUCCCAUUCCACCUUUUUUUGAGAUGUGAUUCUGUCUCAGGGGUAACUUCCCCACCCCAGUCAGCUCAUUCUAACAAAAUGAAUUUCAGCAGGGACAAAGGUAAGGUUUUGCACAUAGGCAGGAAGAACCAGCUGCACAAAUAUAAGAUAUGGAGCACCUGGAUUGCCAAUAGUACAUGUGAAAAGAAUGGUGGUUUUAGUAGACCACAAGCUUAACAUGAGUCAACAGUAUGAUGCAGCAGCAAAGAAGGCUAAUGCUGUUCUAGGCAGCAUCAACAGAAGUAUCAUGUCCUGGUCAAGAGAAGUCAUAGUCUCACUCUAUUCUGCCUUGGUCAGGCCACACUUGGGAGUACUGUGUCAAGUUUUGGGUGUCACAGUUUAAGAAGGAUAUUGACAAGCUGGAACAUGUGCAAAGGAGGGUGACCAAGAUGAUCAAGGGUCUGGAAACCAAGCCUUAUGUGCUGGUCCUGUGGGUUACCCGAGAGACAAGGUCCAAGUCCAGUCCGUGGUCAAAGGUGCAAUGUAGAGGCAGUCCAUAGUAGCUGAAGCUGGGUGCAGGGCAGGGAGUCGGGUGAAGUCAGGGACAGGCUUGCAAGCAGGGAGCCAGAGCGGGUUAGGAGCUCAGGCAGGAAAGCAGGACAGGGUUCAGGCAGGAACUAGCAACCAACAAUGUUGCUCCCACAACUUGGGACUAGGGCUGGCCGGCUUUUAUCUGCCCCGAGGCUUAGGGUGGCCCCAAUCCUCUGGUGACUCGCCUCUCCUGGCCUGGAGGCGAGCACACCUCCUGCGGGAACUUAGUUCCCUCUGCCUCUCUGCCCUGAGCCUCUGCAGCUCAGGAGAGGCUGGAGGGUUACCGGACCCAGAGGCAACCUCAGCUUCCUCUGACGGGGCUGAGAAUGGAGCACCUGCAGGCAAUGGGUCCUCCAUCACCUCAGGAGCCAGAGCAGACUCAGCUGAUGCCUGCACCUGGGGAACCAGCACAGGUGAGGACCCUUCAGGCUCAUGCCCAGCCCCGGCUCAGCUGGUUCUAAAGGCAGGGAAUCCUGUGCAGGCUGGGAUCCCUCAGGUUUAGCAUCCGAGUCCGAAUCCCAGGCCAUCACACCUUAUAAGGAACAGUUGAGGGAGCUGGGUGUGUUUAGCCUGGAUAAGAGGAGAUAUGAUAGCCAUCUUCAAAUAUCUAAAGGGCUGUCACGUGGAGGAUGGAGUAAGCUUGUUUUCUCCUGCUCCGGAUGAUAGGAUCUGAACAAAUGGCUUCAAGAUACAAGAGAGGAGAUUCAGACAACAUCAGGAAUAACUCUGACAGUAAGAGCUGUUUGACAAAGGAGCGGUCUCCCUCGGAUGGUUGUGGACUCUCCUUCCUUGGAGGUUUUUAAACAGAGAUUGGAUAGCCAUCUGUCAUUGAUGCUUUAGCUGAGAUUCCUGCAUCACUGUGGGUUGGACUAGAUGACCCCCCCAGGGUCCCUUCCAACUGUAUGAUUCUAUGAUUCUUCACGUUGACAAAUUAUUGUUAUAUGCAAAAGUAUGAAGCAUGCAUGUCAAAGGCACAAAUCCUUUUGCUUAAACAAGUUGCGAUGUGGGGGGGAGGGUGCCCGUUUUUCUGAACAUAUGAAGCUGCCAUACAGAUUCCGACCACUGAUGCAUCUAGCCAAGUUUUUACUCUGACUGGCUCUCCAGUAUAUCAGACUGAGUGUCCACCCAGAUCACCAUUUUGUUUUCAAAAUGGGGAGUUCACACAAUGGUGAUGACUCUCUCUUCCCCACUUCUGAACAUGUGGCUCACAUAGGAAUACUGCCUCUGAAGACUGAUUUAGCUCUCAUGUUUAAUAGUCAUUGGCAGACCUCAAUUCUUAGCUCUUUUAUAAAGCCUUCAAAUUUGGUGUCAGUGACUGCAUCUUCUGGUACAUCAUCCCACAAAGCUGUUGUGUGAUCUGUGAUUAAGGCAGCUAUCCUAAUCAUGUCUACUGAGAAGUAAGUCUCAUUGAGUUUAAUGGGACUUGCUCUCAUAUAUGUGGGGUUAGGAUUACAGGCUAAACACUUAGCCUAUCCUAAACCCAUGGCCUAGUCACUAUGGUUAUAUUCAGUGGUUUUUUUCUAAAAAAAAAAUGUUUAGGGGUACUCUCAUUUUCCUACUCAUAUUGAAAUACUGCCCCUCAAUGAGGCCAAACUUAGAUUCACAAAAUGUUUAGGGGUAUGCGUCCCCCUGCGUUCCCCUAGGGAAAAAAGCACUGGUUAUAUUCUACCUCAAGGGAACAAGAGGGGGAGAAUGCUAUUGCUCUCCUGUCCUUCCAGUGUUCCCAGAGGCACCAGCUUGGCCACAAUGGAAAACAGGAUGUCAGGCUUUAUAGGCCUUUAGUACAACCCAGCAGGGCUCUUUCUAAGUUUUUACAGUCAAUUAAUCUCACGGGGAAUCCCGAAUUGUAAAAUGUUGAUAGAAGAGUGAGUGGAAGAAUUGCUAUCUAUUUGCUGCCUCUAGACCGCACAUUAUGAUUAAAAAGCUAUUAUCCUUUUCCCUGCCUCAAGUCAGCUGCUUUCCCACCCUAAACUAAAAAGUCCUGAACAAUUUUGCUUUUCAAAAGGUCCCCCACCCCUUGGUUGUUUUAGUUACCUUUUUCUGCAGGCAGGUGGUCCUCUGUGGUCCUCUGCCAGCUGGCUGAUGGCUGCUUUUGACGUUUAAAUUUAUGCUAGGCAGAACUGGCGGUGCUGCAACUGGCUUCAUUACAUUCUCUGUCUCCUUAGGCUAGGGAAUAGGGAACAUUUUUUUCAGUCUGAGGGCCGCAUUCAUUUCUGAGUAACCUUCCAGGGGCCAUGUGACAGCAGUGGCUGGGGCCAGAGGCAAAAGUAGCCAGAGCAAUGAAUGAAACUUUUGCUGUAAUAUACAGUUACUGAUUCACACUUGCAGUUAUGAAAGAGUUAACCUGAGCCCAGAGCUCAGGUUGCAGGUGGGUGUGGCUUAGCAAGCACUUAGCAGCCACUACUCCCCUCCCUUUCUCAGUCUUUGUCUUCAUGCUUCCUGGAACAAGUGAAGAAGGAACCCUGUGCAGGGAAAGUGCCCACACCAUCCUAAAUCCAGAGCUGAUCCAGCAAUAUCUGGACAUAUUCCUUUUCCCCGGUGUAUACUCAAGGGAUUAGCUGAAGUAUACAGUUAAUUAUAGCUGAAAGGGUGCAUGCUGGUGCAGAGCUGUGCAUGUUUUGGUUCAGACCAUGAGUUCUUAGAUUCAAAAACCCAGAAAAAGUCUCCCUGUGUCUCCUUUCGGCUGCUGCUAGAUGUAAUAAUUUAAGGUAUGCAAAAAUCUAUCAAAGAGUAGUUGCAUCUGUCAUUAGUAUAAUGUGGUGAUGGAUGUCGGACAUCUUGGCGGUUAAACUAAUUAUCCUCAAUGAAAAAUGCUGCAGAAAUUGUAUGCGGGCUUAAGUGCUAAAGGGUUAUUUCAUUGUUUUAUUCAGUGAACUUCCAUUCUGCUCUGGCGUAGCUGCUACUACCUUCAUUAGGUAUUGAAGAUCAUAUAUCCCCAUCACAGCAUUAUUGUUUAAUAAGCACACUUGGUUUUGAGGAGGUUGGAACUUUGGAAUUAUGCAAACAGGCAGUAAAUUCACUUUUCAUUUCCUGAAUGAAAGUGCGUUUGGGCCCUGGUGGCACCAAAGCUCAAUCUUGGCUAGCUCACUUUGAAUUAUGGCAUCUAAUAUGUUGAGCCUCUUCUGCACCGAUGGGUGGCUGUUGCUGUUUUUGCAGUAGUGUAGUGUUGGAUGGAUUGCUGCACACUCGAGUUAUUCAUUCAUUAUUAAAAACUGCUUCAGCAAAAACAGUUUGCUUCCAAUGGUGCAGCAACAGGGCCCUGCACUCUUCUGGAUUUGGACUGGCUGCGCCGCAGAAUAAGUCAGGCACAGUCAUGGAAGUGAGCGGGGUCAGGGAAUAUUGUGAGUCAGAUGAUGGGGCAUUUUCACAGAGACAGAAAACGUGAUCUAGCUGACUCAUGGGGGCAGGGAAAUGCCUAUUCCCAUUGCCAGCACACGACUCGCUCUCGUGAAUAUAUUCGUUUUAUUACUGCCAUAACUCACGCACCAAGCAAGCAUUUAAAAAAUGAUAUCGCUGCUUAACGUUUAUGCCUCCGUAACUUUUUAUUAUCAUUUGAAUCUAGGGAAUGUAAAAAACAAAACAAAAAUCCAAUCACUUUGAGCAAGCAAUAUCCAAGAGCUAAACAAGUAAUAGCUUUUAACGAUGAUGAAAGAUCAUGGGAUUAAAUUCAUAUUUCACAUUGGAUAUAAAUCUGUCCAGAAAGGGGCUUGGGAAGAGGCUGUAAACCAUUUUCCCACCCAUGUACAGCAACAGAACUUUACAAGGGGGCGUGGGAAUCAAAAUACCUAGAGAAUGAAACAGAAUGAGUAGCAAGCAUAGGAAACCAGUAUGUGGAAGGAUUUCAUUCAUUUGAAGUUUGUCUGGGCUUCUUUGCAGAUUCCUCUUCAAAAGCACUCAGAAGCAGCAGGCACAACAGAGGUCUGCUGUUCUAAAUCUGCAAAGAACUUGCAGACUGUAAAGCAGGGAUAACCAGUAUGGUUCACCACCCUGCUGUCUAGCAUCCUAGUAAAGAGGUGUCUCCUCUUCUCACUGACUUUCAUCAAGGAUCAAGAAUGAAAUGGGGACUGGGAAUCUGAAUGAAGCGUUAAACCAGGGAAGUACUGCAAGCAACAAGACCCUGCAGCAUUCCUGUUAUGUGCUCCAGUGGUUGACAUUAUAUAAACUAUUCAGGGUACCAGGAAAGACUGGAAAAUCGUGUUCUUAGUGAAGAAGGAAGGCUGUAAUAUGCAAAGCACAUAGUUAGGAUUCCAGGAGUCAAGCAUCACACAAUAUACCAUUUUAAUUCUGGUGCAAAGGUUGGAAUAAUAAUAAUAAUAAUAAUAAUAAUAAUAAUAAUAAUAAUAAUUUAUUUAUACCCUGCCUAUCUGGCUGAGUUUCCCCAGCCACUCUGGGCGGCUUCCAGAAUCUGCGAGUAAAACAAAGACAAUGGGUUAUGGUGCUGGAGGAGACUCUUGAGAGUCCCAUGGACUGCAAGAAGAUCAAACCUAUCCAUUCUUAAGAAAAUCAGCCCUGAGUGCUCACUGGAAGGACAGAUCCUGAAGCUGAGGCUCCAAUACUUUGGCCACCUCAUGAGAUGAGAAGACUCCCUGGAAAAGACCCUGAUGUUGGGGAAAAUUGAGGGCACAAGGAGAAGGGGACGACAGAGGAUGAGAUGGUUGGACAGUGUUCUCGAAGCUACCAGCAUGAGUUUGACCCAACUGCGGGAGGCAGUGGAAGACAGGAGUGCCUGGCGUGCUCUGGUCCAUGGGGUCACAAAGAGUCGGACACGACUAAACGAGUAAACAAUAAAUUUUGGGGCUCAUGCAGACUUGCCCUGCCCCCACUACUUUCCCUUGGAAAAACCCAAUCUUAAAACGCUGAAUCCGAGCAAACACCAAUUGGGGUUUCUCCAGAUUGAAGUUUGCUCCAAUUUAUUGGUAAAGAGUGGGUUUUCCAGGGGAAAGAGGUGGGGCAAGGGCAAAACUGCUUGAAGCCAUGCCUAGGAAGCAUGGGACAAGCAGAAAACUGCCUAAACCCAUGCUUUCUAGGUGCAGGACAACUGCAAGUGUAGGAUCCACUGAAAUCAAUGGGUCAAGUUACUCAUGCCUUAAAUCCCAUUGAUUUCAAUGGGAACUAAGUGCAACCAAUUUAGUCUGUUCUGCUUAUGGGUGCCAUUAUUUAGAAGGUUUGGCAACCGCUUUCUAAGGGAAGACAUAUUUGCUAGUCUGGAGACAAACGUCUUGGAAUGCAGCAAUUGUCUGUUGAAACCAAACCAAUUUUUGCUGCAGUUUAUAAUGUUGGCUUGUUUUCACCUGUUACAAUCUGCCAUUGGGGUUCCCAUGUUUCUGACAUUGGAAAUGUUUUUAUUCAAAGGUGUUCAUUCAGCACCGGUGGAAAAAGAUGAUCAUGUUGAGGAAAUGGUGAGUAGGAAAACUCUUUAUUACGCUAAAAUAUAAGUGAAUUAAAUUGCCUAUCACGGAUAAUUAAAGCUCCUUGCAUGCAGUAAGAAAUGCUCUUUACUAAACAAGGCUGGGGUGAAGAAUCUCUUUCUGUUUCCUUUGAGAGGAAUCCGAGACUCAUAUGUUGACAUAUGUCUGGUAGCACCUCAUCUAUAUUGCCUUCUGCUCCGAUCCAACUCCAGAGGCCUAUUUCAGAUAGAUGUCUUUCCACUUUAAGAACCUAAGAGUAUUAAACACUAGGUGGAGGAGUGGGUAAGAAUGUGUCACGCAAAUGUUGUCUUCUAUCCCGAAAAUGCCUCUGGCCCACAAUAAUGUCUGGCAGUGUUCCAUCUGGAAUGAGGGAAAAGCUUUGGCUUAAUCGUUCUUUAAUGCUAUGCCAAGCAGAUCAUCCAAUUACAUCUGAUUCGGGGGGGGUGGGGUGCAUUGUAUGGUACAUUGCCUGAGCACACUUACUUUUGAGUAUGCCUAUUGGAGCUCAGUGAGAUUUUACUUUGAGUAAAUAUUCAUAGAAGUGCAUGGGUCAACAAUUCCCUCUGCGUUAGAAGACAAAAGAUUAAUGGCAUUAAAUACCACUUCAAAUGACUGUUUGCUUUCAAAUUAGUGCAAUGGGCUGUGCACAGAGUACAUCAAUCUUGUACCCACUACGUUCAAAGGAAACAUCCAUUCUCACUCUGGAAUAUUUGGAUCUCCUCUUCCUUUAUGGUGACAAAUGAAUACGCUUGUUGUUGAGUUGGGUGUUUGUGUAUAGAGCAUUCUCUCUCAAAAAAACCCCAACAACCCUGGAAAUUAGGCUUCUGCUGUGCUUUAUUUUUUUGACUGAUGUGUAUUAAUUCACUUUUGUAUUUUUUAAAAACAAACACUUGUGUUCUGAUCCUAUUCUGACUCUCUUGAAGGUCUCAGUUGGAGUAGAGUAUUUUAUAAAAACAAAUAAAGAAACAUUGACCUUCCUUUCCUGUUUUUACUCUAGGUGACACGGUGCAUUGUAGAAGUCCUUUUGAACGGUUUGUCGAAAGCUAAUGUUCCACCUAUCAAUCCACUGUGCAAAGAGCUUCUGAAGAAAAGUAAGUGCUCAGGGCCUAAGGGAAUCCGACCUAGCUCAUCUUGCUCCGUUUUUACACUAAGAAAAUAAUAUGGUAGAUGAUGCAAUUUCACAAGCAAAGCUGUCAUGACUGUCCAAGAACCCAUUCAUAUCAAAGUGGCCCUUAAUCAAAUGUGGCAAACUUGCUGUGUAUAUGGGAAACUCAAGGAGGAUUAUGCUUUUGGAAGAUUUAAGACAGGAGACAGCAAACUAAGGUCCAUGGGCUGGAUCAGGCCCAACUGCCCUCUGGAUCCGGCCUGCAAAUAGUUCUACAAUCACCGCUUGGAUCAGCGUGAUCGCCAUUUUUUUUCUUUUUUUUCCGGGCGCUUUUUUGCAAUUUCCCCUCUCCCUCCCUCACCGUGGCGGUGCCUCCUCCCUCCCUCUUACUGGCUUCUUCCCAUCCUGCAGAGGAAGGGGACUGGGCUUUGAUAGGAAGCCUCGCCACCCGCCGCCCACCUCUCCCCAUGGCUGCGCUGUGGGCUGGGGCUUGGCGUGCCUGCUGGCCCCAUGCCACCCGCCCAGGAAAGCUGGCCCGAAAAGGAGAGGCGCUGCCACUGCUGCCAGCUCCCAACUGCAGGCAGAGCGGUGGAGGAGGUAGGCAGGGGGAGGGAAGGGGCUGGGGAAGAGAGGGGGAGAGAGAGAAGCCCUCUCUGCGACACACGCAGUCUGGCCUGCCAAUAGGUCUGGGGGACGGUGAACCGGCCCCCUCCAAAAAAAGUUUGCUGACCGCUGAUUUAAGAGCUUUAACCAUCUUACCACACACAUCAGUGUAGUGAGAUUAUGGUCAACAGGUUGAUUCGAUUCCCGUCUUUGCAGUGUAUAAAUGUUGGCAGGUGUGUGUCUUGAGAGACAAUGGAGUGCUGCUAUGGGGGUGAAGUUAAACCAGUUGAGAAUCACAGCGCCUGCUGCGGCUGCAGAAACCAGUAGCUCGUAACUGCUGCCACCCACUUUUGAUAAAGUUGAUAAGUUGCCCCCCACUUUUGGCUCCACUGAUGUGGUCCAGAGGAAAGCAGAGCAAUACAUUUGGUACAGUGGUACCUCGGGUUAAGAACUUAAUUCGUUCUGGAGGUCCGUUCUUAACCUGAAACUGUUCUUAACCUGAGGUACCACUUUAGCCAAUGGGGCCUCCUGCUGCUGCUGCACGAUUUCUUUUCUCAUACUGAAGCAAAGUUCUUAACCCGAGAUGCUAUUUCUGGGUUAGCAGAGUCUGUAACCUGAAGCAUCUGUAACCUGAAGUGUCUGUAACCCGAGGUACCACUGUACUAGCAUGGCUGCAAGAGUUGCCAGAAAGAGGCAUACAAGGUGCGAUCUAACCACCUUAAGGACUCCGCUCUUGAUUUGUUUAGGGUUUAUACCUUAGCCCAGGGGUCAGCAAACUUUUUCAGCAGGGGGCUGGUCCACUGUCCCUCAGACCUUGUGGGGAGCCAGACUAUUUUUUUGGGGGGGGGAAUGAACCAAUCCUAUGCCCCACAAAUAACCCAGAGAUGCAUUUUAAAUAAAAGCACACAUUCUACUAAUGUAAAAACAUGCUGAUUCCCGGACUGUCCGCGGGCUGGAUUUAGAAGGCGAUUGGGCCGGAUCCGGCCCACAGGCCUUAGUUUGCCUAUCCCUGCCUUAGCCUUUUCUUCUCCUGAAGAUGUCACACAAGGCAGCAGGUAAGCAAUACAUAAGUAUGACUUUAUGUAUUACAUAUUUAUUCCACCUAUCUUCCAAGUAGCUCAAGGCAGUAUUCUUCCUUUCCAUUUUUGUUCUCACAACAACCUUAUGAGGUGUGUGAGGCUGACUCAAGGCCCUGCAUAGAAAGCUUACAAACCAGAGAAAAAGCAUCUACUCCCAGUUUCCUCCUGAAUGGCAAGCAUUUCAUGUGUUUGUUUGUUUGUUUUUAUUUUUGUUUUGGCAUCGACAUGUUCUCUGAGACGCAACUGACCAUGUGUAUCAGCCUGUGAGAGUAGCCUAUAUGUUUCAGAUUAAAUAUUUGAAUCGGUCCACUGUAAAUACAGAAUCAGUAACUGACUGUUGUUCUGGAUUUAUUAAUUUAUGGGCUGCAGGAACGGGAUCCUAGAUAGGUCAUCAGAAGUGCCCCUGUACCUAAGACACCCCAAGCUUGCAAAUGUACACCUGUGGUUAAUUUUGAGAGGCCCAUCAGUGGCCUGACAAAUGAGUCAGAGGGCAAAAGCAAAAGUGAGCGAAGAACUAGAGUAGAACAGAACUAAGACUCUUUUCAGUGCAUCUGUGGCCAUAACAUUUCAUGUUUUGUUUUCAAUAGCCUUUUCCAUGAGGAGGAUUAUUUAAGUCACAGAUGGGGAAUAUUGAGGAGAGGCAAUGGAUAACCAGAUGAGAGGGGAAGUGGCUGGCUGAUGGGAGAAAUGAACAGGAGCAUUCCACAAGGCAACAUUUUAUUGGUGGUCCUACUUGUUCCCUUGUAAUUAUAUUAUAAUUACUGAAACAGUGGGCAGUGAAAAGUCUCCCACAUUAAGGCUGCAUGCACACUGAACAUUUAAAGCAAAUGACUUCCCCCAAAGAAUCUCUGUUAAGGGUGCUGGGAAUUAUAGCUCUGUGAGGGGGUAAACUACAGUUCCCAAGAUUAUGCCGGGGGUGUCACAUGCUUUAAAUGUGUAGUAUAUAUUCAACCAGGGACGCGGGUGGCGCUGUGGGUUAAACAACAGAGCCUAGGACUUGCUGAUCAGAAGUUCAGCGGUUCGAAUCCCCGCAAUGGGGUGAGCUCCCGUUGCUCAGUCCCUGCUCCUGCCAACCUAGCAGUUCGAAAGCACGUCAAAGUGCAAGUAGAUAAAUAGGUACCGCUCCAGCGGGAAGGUAAAUGGCGUUUCCGUGCACUGCUCUGGUUCGCCAGAAGCGGCUUAGUCAUGCUGGCCACAUGACCCGGAAGCUGUACGCUGGCUCCCUCGGCCAAUAAAGCGAGAUGAGCGCCGCAACCCCAGAGUCGGCCAUGACUGGACCUAAUGGUCAGGGGCCCCUUUACCUUUAUAUAUUCAACCUAGGCCUGUCACUAAAAUAGUGUGAACUCUUGUGCAUCAAUGAUGCCGUUUUGGCAACAUGAGCAAUAGCAUUCCAACUUGAAUUGGGAGAAUCACUGAUGCUCUUUUUUUUUCUGGUCCUCAGUCUCCCAGAUGAGCUGUAAGAAGUGAACAGGAAUGGGAGGCAGUCAGGGAUGGAAAACAGGGCAGGCAGAGGGUGCAAACAUGAUGGCAUCCUCCUAAAGAAUCCACAACUUGUUUUGUUUUGUUUUUAGCCAAUCGACAAAAGCAAGAAGACGAAGAUAUAGGCAAAGAUGCAGAACUUGAGCUGAGGCAUUUAUCAGAAUCAGAGGAGUUAGAGAAGCCACCAGAAGGAACUGUGAGAGGAGGAGAAGAACCGAAUGAAGAAGAAUUGAAAAGACAGGCAGAAGGAAGUGAGAAGUGGCAAUCUGAGGACAAAAUCCACAGGGGAAAUGUCAACCCACAAGUCAUCUCCCAAGAGAGUCCUUAUUCUUUUGAUGAAGCCCACAAGGAAGAAAAAAAAGAUGACGCCGAGAAGAGAACUGAGGAAGAAGGUAGCUUUAAAAGAAAUCACCAGAGUGAAGAAGAAAGCAAUGAGAAGAAACACAGUGAGGAGCUGGAGUCUGAGCUUCUAGACAAAAAGUCUCCUCCUACAGCAGGAAGGGUGGUUGAAGGUGACCUCAAACGUUCUGGAGGCCAAAGGUACUUGGAGGAAAACACACAUAGUCUAGAAGAGGGGAAUCCAGAAAGCAAGGAAGAGGAAGAUGCUGAGGAGGAAGAAGAUGAGGAGAGCAGCGAAAAAUAUCACCACAGCUUUCAUCGAGAAUAUGAAGACUCUUAUGAGAGGAGAGAACCUGAUGCAGAGAAGCGAGGGCGCAGACCAAGACAUUAUCAUAGGAAACCGAGGCUGGGCAACUCCUCUGAAUACAAGAGACAUCAUAAUGGUGAGAAGAGGGACUCGCCCGAAGAGUCUAGCGAGGAAGAAAGCGAAUUCUGGGAUAAAAGGAGCCACUACCCCAGACAUUAUUAUGAGGUAGGGCACCAUUUUGAGGAGAAGAGAAACUCCGACGAGGUGCAUGGCUCUGAGGAGAUGGAGGGAAAGAACAGGGGCAGGUGGCAUCACAGCAGGGAGGAGAAUGAAGGGGGAGACAUGAGGCAGCACAGCAGGGAAAAUGAAGAGAAACAGCACCACUACGAGAGAAGACUCCAUGAUGAACCACAAAAGGAGUUGAGGCGCCACUAUGAGGAAAGGACUCUUCACGGCAAGGCGAGUGAGGAAGAUAUAGGCAAGCAACAUAGCUACGGCAUCCGGGAUGAGAAAAGGCGCCAACACGACAAAGAACGGCAGCGCUUGGAGUGGGAGGAGCUGUCAAAACCACAAAAUCUAGAAAAGGGAGAUGAAGAGCAGAGGUUCUAUGGUCCAGAAGAAAGGCGCAACCCCAGUGUUGGUGAGGAAGAGCCAGAGAAGAGGCGCCACAGCGAGGGUGGGAGGCAUGAGGGCAACAAGAGGGCCCUUCUGAUGGAGGAAGGCUAUCCAAGAAGCCACUACCUUGUGGAAGCUGUGAAAAGAGCUGCGCCUCCACACAUCCCUUACUACCAGCAGCUCAGGUGGAAGGGAAGACACGUUGAAAAGAAGGGAGGCAUCGCCGAUCCGUUUCUGGAGAGCGAAGAAGAAGAAGAGGAGGAGCCCAGGUCCCACCCCAACGAGAGAGCCUUCUUUCCCGAAUAUAAUGAUUAUGACUCGCCAUGGGAGAAGCAGCAGCUGAUGGAUGGUGUGAGCCGCAAGCAUAACAACAACGACCCCAGAUUUGAGGUGAAAAGGCAAUACAACCGGAUGGACGAACUUGCCCAUCUUCUGAGCAACCGGAAGAAAUCUGUAGAGUUCUCAGAGCUAUACAGCUCCAAGGAAGACGUGAAAAGGGGGCACGCCGUGAGAAGCAGCAAGGGCAAACUGAGUCAGCGGCCUCUCACUCUGGAAGAGGUAUUCCUUUACGAUUUUGUAUGAAAUGCUCAUUUUGGUUUGGAGGGGGGGGAGAGAGUCAAAGUUUAAUUUCAGCAACAUGACUAGGGCAAAAGCUUAUAUCUGCCGUCAUUUCCAAAGCCUUAUAGUGGUGGCCUGAUAGCGGGACCAGCAGGUCCUAUCCAGGGGUUGUGCCCCACAUUCGACAAAAGAUUCCUGCAUUUCACUUAGAGGACUCUUGUGUUCCCCUCCAACUCUAUGAUUCUGUGAUUCCCUAAUCUAAAUUACCUCUACGUUUCACAGUAGAUGUUUUCACUACAGAGCCAGGCAAAUUUUAUUAUGCACAUUUGUUUUGAAACUGCUGAUUUUAGUUAUGUUUUGAUAAAUUUUAUGGUGACUUGUUUUCAGAGUUUGAUUUUAUCAGCAUUUUUUAAUGAGUAUUUAAUAUUAUGUCAGCAACUCCUGCCAACCUAGCAGUUCGAAAGCACGUCAAAGUGCAAGUAGAUAAAUAGGUACCGCUCCGGCGGGAAGGUAAACGGCGUUUCCGUGCACUGCUCUGGUUCGCCAGAAGCCACAUGACCCGGAAGCUGUACGCUGGCUCUCUCGGCCAAUAAAGCGAGAUGAGCGCCACAACCCCAGUUGUUCGCGACUGGACCUAAUGGUCAGGGGUCCCUUUACCUUUACCUUUAAGCAGCUUACAGGUUUUUGUGGAUUAAGUGAUAUAUAUAUAUAUAUAUAUAUAUAUAUAUAUAUAUAUACACACACACACACACACAGUUAAUACUUGUUUCCCAUAACCUUACAAUGCAGUCCUAUAUAUUUUGACUACAAACUAAGUCCCAUUUGGAGUGGAACUUACUCCCAGGUAAGUGGACAUAGGAUUGCAACCUCAAUUAUAGUUUUUCCUUAGUUGCCCUCGGGAACUUCUCCUAAGGUGCUUACUGUAUCCUUCUGUGCUGUAAUUGGCUUUAUUGUAAUCUGAAUCUAUGCCAAUUUAUUGCGGGUGUUUGGGUAGGGUGCAUAUUUUGGGUUCCUGCCAGCUACAUGAUCUCAGGAUUCACUCAGCAGUAAUGAAGAUUUAUAUGUAGUGCAUGAUAUCUGAUCCCUUUUCCCCUGAGAGCAACCCGAUAUUUAAACAGAAGCACAUUUCUUAAUAAACUCUAGAUUUUCGGAGAACCGUUAAUUCAGAACUGAGAAUCUCCUUUUAGUAUAUGGGACAGAAUACUUUGCGCUUUGCGAUGUUUGCCCUUGCAGAACUGACCACAGAGCCUUCUGCAAGGCUGCAAAUAUUUUGCAUGAGUGGCACAUUCCAACUCUCAGUACUACAUGAUACAGUACAGUAUGCUUUUCUGAAAUUACCGACCGAGGGACUGUAAGGGCACUGAGAGAGUCACAGGACUAAAAUUGCUAUCCUGAGAAAACCCACAAGCUAAAUUACCUGACCUAAUUGGUGGGAAGGUGCCAGGCAUUCCUGAAAUGGAAUAUGUUGUUGCAGCUUUGAAAUGAGCAUGGUCAGUUGCAGAUUAACUCUGAUGAUUGGACAAAACAAAUAAAAACCAAUUCCCUGGUACCCCAAUGUAGUCCUUAGGUUUAAUGUAGCUCCACAUCAGUGCGGAGGACAAACUUGCAAAACAUGAACUUGCAUGAACAUUGUGAUGCCCAAUAUUGCGUUCCUAUGUUGGUGUUCAUGGGAAGAAGUUGGCUUUGAUGUCUAGGAGAAACCAGUGUGCCCACAGGAAAGUGAGUGAGAGACAGCUGGACUGGAGAUCCAAAGAGAUUCCAGAAAAGGUCUGGGAUCUAGCUGGUCACCAGUAACACCUCCACAAAUGAGAGAACCCCAUGAAGGGUGUCCUCUGCCACCAUUAAUCCACAUAAGAUGAAAUAUGGAAAGAGUUGUUCCUUCAGGAACCCUCGAUCCAGGCAAUUUGAGGCUUUAAAGAUCAGAAUCAUCACUUGAAGAUAUUACAAUAUUAUUAUUAUUAUUACUACUACUACUACUACUUCAAGGAGCUGCUAAGAACUGCAUUCUUUAUUCGGCAAUAAUAAUAAUAUUUAUACCCCACCCAUCUGGCUGUGUUUCCCCAGCCACUCUGGGUGGCUUCCAACAAAAGAUUAAAAAUACAUUAAAACAUGUCAUUAAAAACUUCCCCUAAACAGGGCUGCCUUCAGAUGUCUUCUAAACGUCAGAUACGGUAGUUAUUUAUUUCUUUGACAUCUGGUUGGAGGGCGUUCCACAGGGCGGGUGCCACCACCGAGAAGGCCCUCUGCCUGGUUCCCUGUAACUUCGCUUCUCGCAAUGAGGGAACCGCCAGAAGACCCUCAGAGCUGGACCUCAGUGUUCGGGUUGAACAAUGGGGGUGGGGGAGACACUCCUUCAGGCAAAGUUGGGUCCAGGAGGACUCAGGUUGCAGGCCUACUCUUUCAGGGGGAUCACAACUCAAUCCAGAACAGGCCAAACACCACCUCCUAGGUCAGAGAAAGGAAACCCCCACAGCCAUUGGAUGGAUAGAGUCCAAUUCCUGAAUGGAAUUCAACAUCUGGCGGGUCAUACCUUUCCCAUCCCUAAACCACUGAGCCACUUGGGCUUGCCAAUUGGGAGGUUGGCAGUUCGAAUCCAUGCAACGGGGGUGAUCUCUCAUUGCUCUGUCCCAGCUUCUACCAACCUAGCAGUUUGAAAGCAUACCAGUGCAAGUAGAUAAAUAGGUAUACCUGUGGCGGGAAGGUAAACGGUGUUUUUGUGCGCUCUGGCUUCAGUCAUGGUGUUCUGUUGCACCAGAAGCGGUUUAGUCCUGCUGGCCACAUGACCCGGAAAGCUGUCUGUGGACAAACAACGGCUCUCUCGGCCUGAAAAGCGAGAUGAGCACCGCAACCCCAUAGUCACCUUUGGACUUAACUGUACAGAGUUCCUUUACCCUGACCCUUACCUAUAUCAACUGGACCCUACCAUUAAUAUCUCUGUUUUCUCUGGGCUGAGUUUGUUUGCUACUCUCCCUCCAACCCAUAACCACCUUCAGCUGUAUGUAGAGAAGCACAGUCCUCCUUCUGCCAUGCCAUGAGGAUCCGAAAAGCUGAGAUACAGUUGGGUGUCAGCAGUAUGCUGAUGACACCCAACUCUGCACAGCCUCUCCCGGUGGCUCCAUGCAGCUGUUAAAUAGCAGAGGCUGGAUCCUACCAGUACCCUAUGGGAAAACUCCUAUGGGGCAGCAUAGCUGUCCCCAAUCACCACCUUCUCUUCAGCUUCCCUGAGAGCUAAUAAUAAUAAUAAUAAUAAUAAUAAUAAUAAAUAUUUUUUAUUUAUACCCCGCCCUUCCCGGUUCAAAAACCAGGCUCAGGGCGGCUAACAGCAAAUUCAAAACACUUUAAAACAAUUAUAAAAGCAGCAUAAAAUACGGUAUACAAAAUUCAAUUAGAUAAUCCCCAGGGCUAGCUGGCUGAAUUGGUCCUACUUGGGCCAGCAAGGGGGCCAGGGGAGAAUUAGCUGUGGGGUCUUAGAGUGGGUGAUCUUCAUAAAAGGGGAGGGGGAGCGAAGAGAAGGGAAAUAAAAGAUCAGUCUGAAUUCAAAUUACAGGCCAGGCGGAAUAGCUCUGUAGGAACAGAACCACUUCAGGCAGUGCAAUCAGGCUCUUUCUGCUACAAGAAAGGGUGGUAUUGAAGGCUGCCGAGAGAUCCUGGAAAAAAUAGUGGUGUCACACCGCGAGUAAAUGAAUAUGUGCAAACGAGCCAUGGCCAGGUAUAGUUUUCUUCCACCUUGAGGGGUGACAACACACCUUUGAGGCGAUGAUUGCUAAAGAACAAAGGAAUAUUUGUACCAUGAUCCAGUGUUCCUAAUACAGAGUAAUCUAAACCUGUGGUAUCUUGGCCUACAAGGAUUUGCAUUCUUUCCAUUCUUCACAGGAAAAGGAACUGGAAAAUCUGGCUGCUAUGGAUUUGGAGUUGCAGAAGAUAGCAGAGAAGUUCAACAGUAACAGGAGAGGAUGA